UUCCCUCCCCGCUCUCUGAGGCGCUUAUUGGUGGCCCGCUGAAGGGAUCAUGGGCGGUCAGGAAACUGGUAUUUCAUGUCCACCAUGUUGGCUCGUGUGUGAGAGAUUGUCAGUCAGACUGGCUAUUUCUACUGGCGCCCGAAUGGCGACAGUUGCAGAACGAACUUAGCCCUAAAAACCUUGAUUGGUGGAAUCUAGUCCGAGGUUUGAUUGGUCUGAGGGACAGAUCCAAACGUUGUCUUUAUUGGUUAGAUCGCUUCUUCCUAGCUUUGGAAAGCUUUGCAAACUUUCAUUUGAUGGAUGAGGUCGUUGUCCAGUGGUGAUUAAAAUAACACACACUACGAAUGGUCACCUGUGCUGUAGAACAGUCACCAGUGUUCAUCUCCAACAAGCUAACAUUAACUUGACUAACGUUAGCACGAAGCCACGGUCACCACUGACCACCAUAACGUUAGCCGCUAGAGCUAACUGUGUUUUUAAGGUCGAUGUCCUUGUAAGUGUUUAGAAGCCGGUGUGGCACGGUUUAGCACUAACGUUUUAUAUGCUACUAAUUAAAUACUUCCGUCUGCUACCCUGGGAUGUGGCAUUGGUUUCAGUGUCUCCUGCUAGCGGCUUUGUUCAUCCUAACUGGCUUAUAAUGCAGCGACCUAGUUAACGUUAAACAUGCAACAUCGUAUUAAAGGCAAAGUUACUCUAACAGUUAUGCCAGUGAAAAUGCAUUGUGCUAUCAAUAUAGCAAUUGUAUCGUUUUCUUACCCAGGUCAGUGUGACCAACACGCCUGUCCUUGAUAAAAUAUUAUGUACAUAGUAUAUAAAUAACGUUACUGAAAGUAUAGCUUUAAAUCUAACCACAAAGUAAAAAACAGAACAAUAUCAUUAAAAGCUGCACCUUGUUGGUUUAGUUUGGGUUUUGUCAUCAAUGAUUACCUUUUUUUUUUCCCCCCCCCCGCUCCUCCCAGAUUGAAAACAUAGAUAGCAAUGCCACCUCUCUGCUAUAAUCUCCAGUGAAUAUAAGAAUUUCAAAGGUGCUUCAGCAUUUCACAUUCAUUGUUAGCAUUGGAGACCAAAACUGUACAGUUUGCAGCCUCUCCUAACAUCUUAGUUUACUAUAUUAAUCUAGAAGAGCUAUAGUACUGUUGUGUUCUUAAUUCACUGUUAUCUGUGCACAUUUAACUAGCAGUUACAUUAUAUUUAAAAUGGCUGGAUGAGGGUCGGCAAUACCUUACAGAGCUUAACCCGAGUAACCUGUGUGCAGCUAACCAUUUAGUCAUGCAGGUUUGCAUGUGUUUUUUGCAUGUUUGUGGUUGAAUGGUUGGUACGGCCUGACUACCCUGAGGGUGCUGUGUGUUUAUAAAACCCAUAGUCUGGCUGGUGUGUUUAUCUCUAAACAGCAUGAGUGAGAGCAAACAUGUCCCUGCUACAGGCAGCACAGGUCAUGGGAAGGUCUCAUUUGUACGGUGACCUUGCCAGGUGUUAUUACUGAGGCAUUUUGGGUAACUACAGUACACCUACAGAGAGAGCUGCUCUGGCAUAGCAGCCACGCUGGAGAGAUUAAUCUUUGUGCAGAUCCACUCUAAUCAUUAACUGGAUAGCUUCUCUAGUCCCCAUGCUCCUUACAAAAAUAGAAAAGGGAACAUUUAGCUUUUUUCUCUUGAGUCUCUGUCUUGUACUCUCGCCCUCUCUACACUUGUUCUUCCCCUCCCAUCCUGUGACAACUCUCCUCUCUGUCCUUCUCCAUCCUUCCGGUUCCCCUCCCCCUGAAGUUUUUCAUUGAUGGGGCAGGAUUGCUGUCUCUCUCUCUCUCUCUCUCUCUCUCUCUCUUAAGCUUGUUCUGUUCUUCACUACAGUCAGGAUUUGCAGUAAUAUGCAGCACGAACACCCCCAUCAUUUGCACACGUUAUUAGUUAAAGGCUGCUCUGGACAAAAUAUCAGUACCAUCACACCUUCAGUUUCUGUUACUUGUAGACACUUUAAUGUCCAAGCUUUAUGUGUCUUGAUGAGUUUGCAUAUUAGAUGUUGAUUAACUUAUAUAGUUGUGCAUUAAACGCCAUGAGUUGUGCACGUGAGCAGCAGUGUCCUGCUGUGGUGUAGAAAGCGUGCACAUUAAAUUGAUGGUGAGUUAACAAGAAGGGCAUUGUAUGACAUUGCUGAUGUGGUUCGUUGAUGACGUUUUAAUUGUGGAAGUUGCUGUGAGCGUAGUUUUUGCGGUCAAGACAACAAUGUCUUUGUUUACAGAAUUUCACCCAUAUCUCUUAAGUCUUGUUUAUCCACAAAUAGGACGAGAAUCAAAUGCACUCUUGCUCUCCCCUCCCUUCUGUGGCUGCUCACCAGUCAGCUGAUUCUUCCUCAGCUUGUACAAGGGCCCCGCAAUGAUCUGUUUUGAAGUAAUUUGUUUUUGUGUAAAUAUGAUUGACACCAUAAUUAGGGUUUGACUGGAUUAAUAAUGUUGUGAGUUACAUAACUAAAUGUUCCCACGAGUCAGGAUAAAGUUUAAUUCAACUAAUUCAUAUUCCAAGCGAGUAACGAGUGACCAUGCAUGCAGACAAUUUGUUUCCUCUCCUAGCCUAAUAUUAACAGUACAAUGAAUAUCAUUAUAAUAAGUAGGCUGGUUAGAGGCUAGAUGUUUGCGGUGUGUACAUGUGACUGAGCAAGGAUGAAUGAGACAGCAAGGGCAAAAACGUGUACGUGGGUGUGCGUGUGUGGAUGUGCAUUGUUACCUGUGCACAUGUAUGAGACAACGAGUCUGCCUAGUAUGCUUUUGUACUUUAAAUCAUCAUGUGGAUGCAACAUGCAGCACCCAUUCUGGCACUUGUUUCAGCCAGUGAGGGCCAGCGUGGCUCUCUGCAUCACUGCGCCGUCAGCCUGUAGCAGCAGAGAGGAGGCGGGGCGGAGGGAGACAUUUAGUUUGACAUUGUAAAUAAGCAGAGAGCAGUUGUCAGAGAGCAGCCCGUGGAACCUUUCUCAUCCGUCCAGCAGCGGGAGAGGCAGGGAGCGCCCGAGGACAAACAAUGCCGAGAGUAGAGGAUGUCCGCAGAUGCGUUUGGAGCUGGGGGCAGCGAUGCCCAGCAAACCCUGCAGUCCUUCUGGCCUCGUGUCAUGGAGGAGAUCAGGAACCUGACUGUAAAGGAUUUUCGUGUGCAGGAGUUACCUCUGGCUCGAAUCAAGAAAAUUAUGAAGCUGGAUGAGGAUGUCAAGAUGAUCAGUGCAGAGGCGCCGGUCCUGUUUGCCAAGGCAGCUCAGAUCUUCAUCACAGAGCUCACCCUCAGAGCAUGGAUCCACACCGAGGACAACAAGAGACGUACGCUACAGAGGAACGACAUUGCCAUGGCAAUAACAAAGUUUGACCAGUUUGACUUCCUGAUUGACAUUGUGCCCCGGGACGACCUGAAGCCACCUAAACGACAG